GCCGUUGGGGCGCGCGCGCUUGAGCUAAUUUGAAUGUGAGUCGUCCUGCGGGGAAAGAUACGUUUUUUAAAAAAAAGUCUACUAAAUGUUAUGCGAAAUUUAUUUUCGAGUAUUACUUGAUAGAUUUGCAUCUGAAGGGAUGAAAAUGUCUUAAAAGUUCCUUGCUGCAUUUCCUGCCCACAACUCUCUCAGGAUGGCCCUUAACAAAUCUAUGCAUCCAAGAAACCGAUAUAAAGACAAGCCACCAGAUUUUACAUACUUAGCAUCAAAAUACACAGACUUCCAGCAGCACGUUCAUACAAGCUUGACUGGGAAAGUGAGUUUAAAUUUUAAAGAUCCUGAGGCCGUCCGAGCCCUUACAUGCACGCUAUUGAAGGAGGACUUUGGACUGACGAUAGACAUCCCAUUGGAGAGAUUGAUUCCCACUGUCCCUUUGCGGCUGAACUACAUACACUGGGUUGAAGAUCUGAUUGGCAGCGACACUGUUAAAAGUAAACUCAUCCGAGGAAUUGAUAUUGGAACUGGGGCCUCCUGCAUCUACCCUUUACUUGGAGCCACUAUGAACGGUUGGUUCUUCCUUGCAACUGAAGUGGAUGAUAUGUGCUUUAACUACGCAAAGAAAAAUGUGGAGCAGAAUAGUCUCUCUGAGCUUAUUAAAGUGGUGAAGGUCCCUCAGAAGACAUUGUUGAUGGAUGCUCUGAAAGAAGAAUCAGAGAUAAUUUAUGAUUUCUGUAUGUGCAACCCACCUUUCUUUGCAAAUCAAUUAGAAGCCAAGGGUGUAAACUCCAGGAAUCCAAGUCGUCCGCCUCCCAGUUCUGUAAACACAGGUGGAAUUACUGAAAUUAUGGCUGAGGGUGGAGAGUUGGAAUUUGUAAAAAGAAUUAUCCAUGAUAGCCUGCAGCUGAAAAAAAGACUAAGGUGGUACAGCUGCAUGUUGGGAAAGAAAUGCAGUUUGGCUCCUUUAAAAGAAGAACUUCGACACCAAGAGGUCCCGAAAGUCACCCACACUGAAUUCUGUCAAGGACGAACCAUGAGGUGGGCUUUGGCAUGGAGUUUUUAUGAGGAUGUAAUUAUGCCAUCUCCUCCUUCCAAGAAAAGAAAGCUGGAGAAGCCCCGGAAACCCAUCACUUUCACAGUGUUAGAAUCUACAACCAAGGCACUAAAGAAUAAAGUCGCAAGUUCAGACUCUGUGCCUAAAGAAGACAUCGAAGUGGUAACUGCGGGAAUAGAGAAAAUUCUCACUGAUCUGAAGGUACUUUUUAAACGUGUGCCUUGUGGGAAAGGUGAAGUAAGUUUAUUUCUAACAGCCAUACAGAAUUCAUGGAUCCACGUUCGGCGAAAGAAGCGGGAUCGAGUGAGGCAACUUCGAGAGCUCCCCAGAGCUGAAUCAAAUGUGCUGAAAUCCGCAGAAGCAGACCAAACAACAGGAGGGCAAUGCGGCAGCGCUAACGUUGGUUCUGUCAGCGUCGAGGAAAAGAUCGAUGCUGGCAGUUGUGCAGAAAGUAAUGUUGAAAUAGGAAAACCAACAGUCGAAGCUGAAGAGGAGCUCCCCAUAAAUGGGGGUAAUAGUUUGUUGGAUAAACUACAUGUCGAUCAAGAAAAUAAUGCGGAAACUGAAAAAAAAUUUAACCAGUGUGAAAUUAGUUUUGUUGACUGUCAAACUGAUGAUACAAUUGAGCAUGAAACAUCCUGUUCAACCAUGGCAAACACAAAGGUGGAAGAUACUCCAAGAGAGAGUGAGGGAUGUUUUUUGUUCAAAUGUUUAAUGAAUGUGAAGAAAGAUGGAAAGAAUUCCCAUGUAGAAAUGCACUGGGUUGAGGGACAGAAUAGGGACUUAAUGAACCAGCUCUCCACCUAUCUGCGAAACCAGAUUUUCAAACUGGUGGUUAGUUAAAGGAAUACUUUCAUGUUUUCAUCAUGCAAACUUUAUUUGUUUUUGCAAAUGUAAAUUCCCAGGUUUCAAAUUUAUUUUUAGUCAUCUUCACUGCUUUUCAUUUAAUUUUCCAGAAUUUUGACAUUGAUCUUUUGUGUAUCUUUUUCACUGACACAUGCAUGUCCCACCAAUGUCUUUCAUCCAGUGUCUUAUCAAAAACAUGAAAAAGAAAUAUUCAUCUCCUCUGAUCACAUAAAUAGAUCAAUAAACCCCAAUGGUUUAAUAUUAAUCCACCAGAAAGUUCAGUUGCAGAUGUUUGUUCAAUUUUCUGAUAAUUAGUCAGAGGCAUUUGCACUAACAAAAAACAAGUAUGCAUCCCAGAGACACUUAAAGAAAUAACUAUUGCUUAAGUUUUAGGUAAAAAGAUCACACGGUAAUUAUGCAUGUGGGAAGCCAUUUGAUCCAUCUUGGUAUGACUGUCCAGAAUUAAUUUAAAGUUAUCCUCAUUAUAAGUACCCAAUUUACUCUCAAAUUAUUCCUGUUUCUACUUGCUGCCUGUAUUCUCUUUUGUAGUUCGUUCCUUACAUUUAACAUUUUUGAUCAGCUUUGUUGUGGUCUUAACAUUGCUCUUUAAAAUUUUUAAACCCAAGUUCCCAAAUUUUCUUUUUUAAUGGAGCUUAAUAUGUUAUGUAUACCUCUGUACAUUCACAUCACAGUUGCAAACCUAUGUCCUCCUAUAUGAUAAUGUCCUGAGGUAUUUUAUAAAAUGAACGAAAUAGGUAGAUACCAAGCAGGAAGGGGGGAGAGAGAGAGAGAGAGAAAGUAAAUAUGCAAAAGACAUUGAAUCAAUUCAAAAGGACCAUGUUUGCAAAGUGUAUGGGGGUAAUAUUGGACUUGGCUGUUGUCUUGUCCAUGUUUAGAAAUGCUUGUUAUAUUGGGUCACGCAUGAACAGUUGCUAUUUGGAUGAGGUACUAAAGAGUUGUUAGAAAUCACAGUUUCUAAGGCCAGCAGGAGGUGAGCAUCUUGUGGGAAAACAAGCAAUAUUUCUCGAUAGAAUAAAAAUAUCCGCCCCAAGAUGUGUGAGGCAAUGAACUUGGGCUGGACAAACAAGGCAAGGGAAUAUGAACAGUAGGACCCUGGGAAGCACCAGUCCUUUAAGGUAUCAGGACAGGUGGAUAAAGUGGUGAAGGAGUUAUGUAGUAUACUUUCUUUUAUUAGUUGAGGCAUAGAGUUUAAGAACAGGGAAGUUAUAAAAUCUUUGGAACUGUAUAAAAUGUUGAUUAGGCCAUAGCUAGAGUAUUGUGUGCAGUUCUGAAAUCCGCAUUAUAGAACAGUGCCGGAGAGAUUUAUCAGGAUAUUGCUUGAGCUGGAGAGUUUAUUAUGAAGAGGGUUUGGACAGACUAUGGUUGUUUUCCUUAGAGCAGAGAGGGCUGAGAUGUAUAAAAUUGAGGGGCAUGGAUAGUAUAGACAGGGCAAAACUUUUCCCAUUAAUGGAGGGAGCAGUAACCAUGUUCAUAGUUUUAGGGUUAGGGGUGGAACAUUUAGAAGCAAUGUGUGGAAAAAUAUUUUUAAUCCAGACAGUGGGGGGAGUCUGGAACUCUCUGCCUGUAAGAGUGCCAGAGGGCUGAAACCCUCUUAACAUGUAAGAAGUAUUACAAUAUGCGCUUGUGAUGCCAACGCAUAUAAGGCUAUGGGCCAAGUACUGAAAAAUGGGAUCAGAACAGUUCGAUGGUUGUUUUCGACCAGCGUGUAUGUAAUGAGCCAAAGGCCUUUUUCUGUGCUAUAGAUCUCCAUGACUCAUCUGCCAAUUUCAUUUCACUCCACAUGAAUCAAGGAACAGCUAAAGAGACUUACUACUGAAAAUGCUUUUGGCUCUAACAGCAUUCUAGCAAUAGUACUGAAGACUUGCUCCAAAGAUUGUAGCACCAGUGACCAAACUGUUCCAGUCCAGUUCCAACAUUGGCAUCUGUCCAAUAAUGUGGAAAAUUGCCCUAUUAUAUCCUGACCGUGAAAAGCAAGACAAAUUGAACCUGGUUAAUUCCCACCCUAUCAAUCUACUUUCUCUCAUCAGUAAAGUGAUGGAAAGGGUCAUCGAGCAAAACUUGCUUAGCAACAGCAUCCUCGGUGACAUCCAAUUUGGAUUCCACCAGGAGCAUUCAGCUUCUGACCUCAUUACAACCUUGGUUCAACAAAGACCUGAACUCCAGGAGUGAGGUGAGAGUCUUUGACAUCAAGGCUGCAUCUGACUGAGUGUGGCAUGAGGGAGUCAGCAAAAUUUCACUGAUUGGACAUAUGGGGGCUGGGUGGAGUCUUACCUAUCACAAAGCAAGAUGGUAGUGGAUAUAAAAGCUCAGUCACCUUAGCUCCAAGACAUCUCUGCAGGAGCCACUCAGUGUAGUAUCUAGGCCCAUCCAUCUUCAGCUGCUUCAUCAUAAGUUCAGAAACGGGAAUGUUCACUGAUGAUUGUGCAAUGUUCAUUAUUCACAACUCCUCAGGCACCGAAGCAGUCUGUGUCCAAACGGCUUGAGCUGGCAAGUGGCAUUCAUGCCAUACAAGUGCCAAACAAUGAUCAUCUCCAACAGCUGUUGAAUUCCCCCCAACAACAUCCUGGUGUUUACAUUUAAACAGAAACUAAACUGGAUAUGUCUUAUAAAUUCAGUGGCUACAAGAGUCAGUGAGUAGCUCGCCUCCUGAAUCCCCAAAACCUGUCCACCAUCUACAAGACACAGGUGAGGAGUGUGAUGAAAUACCCUCCAAUUACCCGGAUGAGUACGGUUCCAACAGUAUUCAAGAAGCUUGACGCCAUUGAGGACAAAGCAGCACAGAUGAUUGGCACGACAUCCCCAUUCAUUCAUUCCCUUCAUUGUGCAAAGUAACAGCAGUGUGCACUAUCUACAACAUGCAUGGCAGAAAUUCACCAAGGGUCCCUAGAAAGCACCUUCCAAACCCAUGACCACUGCCAUCUAAAAGGACAAGGCAUCAGAUUCAUGGGAACACCACCACCCACAAGUUCCCUUGCAAUCCACUCACCAUCUUGACUUGGAAGUAUAUUGCAGUUCCUUUUGUAUUUGUUGAGUCAAAAUCCUGGAACUCCCUCCCAAACAGAAUUGUGAGUCUAUUCCUACCAAAUGGAGCACAGCAGCUCAAGAAGGCAGCUUAUCACCACCUUCUCAAGGGUAUUUAAUGAUGGUCAGUAAAUGUUGAUCCAGCAGCAAAGCCCAAAUCUCAUUAUCAAUUUUAUUUUCUAAUUCUUAUGCCAUUUUCUAAUUUUACUAAAGAGCAAAAUGUAACUAGUUUAUAAAUGGUAUAAGCUUUGCAGUUUUCUUUGUAAUUGAUUUCUCCACUGAUGUGAAUUUAAUAUUCACCUUCUUGUCUCGUUUUUUAAAAGUUAAGUCUGCUAAAAAGAAGCAAUGCCUAGGAAUUUAUUUGCAAAUUGAAAAUGCAGUGAGCCCUCAACACACCACCCGUAAAAAUGUUAUCUGCGUAUUGUGGAAUGUAACUUAAGGUACAAUCUUUUGGCUGUAAAAUUGAACUUUUGUUCUGUCUUCAUGAAUUUAUAUUUGGCAAACUUUUUAGAAGAUUUAUAUUUUGUAUAGCACUUAUUGUAACCACACUAUUCCAUGGAAGUGAAGCACUUUGAUACAUUGUCGUAAUGUGGGAAACACGCCAGUUAGUUUGAGCACAACAAGAUCCUAUAAACAGCAGUGUGGUAAUAGCAUUGUUUUUAUGAUGUUGAUUGAAGACUAGAUAUUACCCAGGACUUAUGUACCUCCCCUGCUCCUCUUUGGAAUAAAGAGUGUAUGAGAUAUUUUAUAUCCA